AUGGUGCGAAUCAGCUGCCUUUUUGCCGUCUUCUUCCUCGGCGUCCUGCUCCUGGCGAUACCAGCCUCCGCCUACCCCAGGAUGCCCGGCAACUAUUACUUGGACGAUACUUACGAACCCGAAGAAAUCAUGGACAUGCUGAACCGCCUUGAUAACUACUUACAACAGGAACGCAAAAUCGCUAACGAGAAACGAGCUCUCGACCUUGGCUUGAACCGUGGCUACUCCGGCGCAGUCCACGCUAAGCACAUGAUGGGUCUGGCAGCCGCUAACUUCGCAGGAGGUCCCGGCAGAAAGCGACGCGAUGCUCACUAA